UAGUAACUGUUAGACAGGGCAGUCCAUCUUAGUGGACCUCCAGCAGCACAUCAGACAGACUGUGAAGAUUUGUCUGCCAUGUUUUGAAAGAAAUCGCCAACAUUCCAAUUAGUAGGAUGGGUAAAAAGGAUAAAGGUGAUCGGGACAAGAAGUCCAAAAAGCGUUUCUACGAGGAAGAAGAAGAUGAAGACGAGGUGGUGGGCAACGACUCUCAGGAGGCGAUUCCUGCUGCUGCAGGAAAACAGGUGGAUGAAUCCGGAACAAAGCUGGACGAGUAUGGUGCCAAAGACUACCGUUCUCAGAUGCUGCUGAAGAAUGACCACUCCUCACGGCCCCUCUGGGUGGCUCCAGAUGGACACAUCUUCCUGGAAGCCUUCUCACCAGUGUACAAGUACGCCCAGGACUUCCUGGUGGCCAUUGCAGAGCCAGUGUGCAGGCCGAACCACAUCCAUGAGUACAAGCUGACGGCCUACUCCCUGUACGCAGCGGUCAGUGUGGGCCUGCAGACCUCUGAUAUUGUGGAGUAUCUGCAGAAACUCAGCAAGACGUCUGUACCAGAUGGAAUCGUGCAGUUCAUUAAGCUCUGCACCGUGAGCUACGGCAAAGUCAAGCUGGUGCUCAAACACAACAGGUAUUUUGUUGAGAGUGCGUUCCCGGAUGUGAUCCAGCGCCUCCUGCAGGACAACGUGAUCCGGGAGUGUCGUCUCCGUACCGCAGAUGGAGCCGACACGGAGCUGAUCACUGAAGUCAUCCACAGCAAGUCAGCGAUUGCUAAGUCUAUAGAGGAGAAGGGUGGAGCCUCCACCUCCCAGCAGCCCAGCGAGGGCCCGGCCUCCAGCCAGCCGGUCCCUGAGGACAUCUUCAGCUACUACGAGCAGAUGGACAAAGAAGAGGAUGAGGAGGAAGAGACCCAGACUGUGUCUUUUGAGAUUCGCCAGGAGAUGAUUGAAGAGCUGCAGAAGCGCUGCAUCCAGCUGGAGUACCCUCUACUAGCAGAGUACGACUUCCGCAAUGAUACCGUCAACCCAGACAUCAACAUAGACCUGAAGCCCACCGCCGUGCUGCGACCCUACCAGGAGAAGAGUCUGCGCAAGAUGUUUGGGAAUGGACGCGCUCGCUCCGGGGUCAUCGUGCUGCCCUGUGGAGCCGGUAAGUCUCUGGUGGGUGUGACGGCAGCCUGCACGGUGCGUAAGCGCUGCCUGGUGCUGGGGAACUCCUCGGUGUCCGUGGAGCAGUGGAAAGCUCAGUUCAAGAUGUGGUCCACUAUCGAUGACUCUCAGAUCUGUCGCUUCACCUCCGACGCCAAAGACAAGCCCAUCGGCUGCUCCGUGGCCAUCAGCACCUACUCCAUGCUGGGGCACACCACCAAGCGCUCCUGGGAGGCAGAGAGGGUGAUGGAGUGGAUGCGGAGCCAGGAGUGGGGCCUCAUCAUCCUGGACGAGGUGCACACGAUCCCUGCCAAGAUGUUCCGGCGUGUCCUGACUAUCGUCCAGGCUCAUUGUAAGAUGGGGCUGACUGCCACGCUGGUCAGGGAGGACGACAAGAUCGUGGACCUGAACUUCCUGAUUGGGCCGAAACUGUUUGAGGCCAACUGGAUGGAGCUGCAGAACAAUGGCUACAUUGCCAAAGUCCAGUGUGCAGAGGUGUGGUGCCCCAUGUCUCCAGAGUUCUACAGAGAGUACGUGGCCAUCAAGACAAAGAAGCGCAUCCUGUUUUAUACGAUGAACCCCAACAAGUUCCGUGCUUGCCAGUUCCUCAUUCACUUCCACGAGCGCCGCAACGACAAGAUCAUCGUCUUUGCUGACAACGUGUUUGCCUUGAAGGAAUACGCCAUCCGCCUCAACAAGCCUUACAUCUACGGUCCAACCUCUCAGGGAGAGAGAAUGCAGAUUUUACAGAACUUCAAACACAACCCCAAGAUCAACACCAUCUUCAUCUCCAAGGUUGGAGACACAUCAUUUGACUUGCCAGAAGCCAAUGUUCUGAUCCAGAUCUCCUCUCACGGUGGAUCACGCAGACAGGAGGCCCAGAGGCUCGGCAGAGUCCUACGAGCCAAGAAAGGGAUGGUUGCAGAGGAAUACAACGCGUACUUCUACUCUCUGGUGUCUCAGGACACCCAGGAGAUGGCUUACUCCACCAAGAGGCAGAGGUUCCUGGUGGACCAGGGCUACAGCUUUAAGGUGAUCACUAAGUUGGCAGGUAUGGAGGAGGAAGACUUGAUGUUCUCCUCAAGAGAAGAGCAACAGCAGCUCCUCCAGAAGGUCCUGGCUGCAUCAGACGUGGAUGCUGAGGAGGAGGUGGUGGCGGGGGAGGUGGGCGGACGAACACAGUUCACCAGACGGCCGGGCACCAUGAGCUCCAUGUCCGGCGCAGAUGACACCGUCUACAUGGAAUAUAAUCGAGGCAGCAAAUCCUCCUUAUUAGGCAAAAGUGUGCAUCCGCUGUUCAAGCGCUUUAGGAAGUAGAUGCACUGACCCAAACCCUGACACUCAACAACAGUAUACUGAGACUGAGUACCAGAGCACCAGCAGCAGGUCCAGAUGGUCUGAGAAACAGAGCAUGACUGGAGAUGAGCUGAACCUGAACAUGAUCUUAAGAUAAUGAAGAUAAUGAAGAUAAUGAAGAUAUAGCGAGCAGUGCUUCCUCCUGGUAGCUGUUGGUGACGUUUUGUUAAGAUAGCAGCGAAUGUUUCCUGCAGGGCUAGACGACUCUGUGAUACGUUUUAAAGUCUCAACUUCAGCUCCUUCAUACAAACACAUAUGCAGUAUUAUUCAACUGUCUGUCAGCUGUAUCAUUGUUUAAUUUCUCUGUUGUGUUGCAGUUAUACAGCUAGCCAAUCAUUGCCCGUCUGAACCAGAAACAGGCGAUGCUUUUAAAAACAGCUUCAUCAACAAUGCUUGAUAAAGGCUUUAACUUGCCUUCUGCAGUAUAAUUCAUCCACCAAUGUCUGUGUAGGAAGAGGGUGGACUGGUUCAGAGCUGUAGCCCUACAUGGUCUUAACUACUGUUAGUGUGCUUUACUGACUACUGUCAAACACAAUAAAUGAACAUAAUCAGUGGGCAUCAACCUGUUCUUGAUAAUGGUUUUCACUCUUGUUUUUUUCUGGAGUUUCCUUGUUUAAAAUGUUGCUAAAUAUAUUUUGUAAAAGAAAUUCUUCUAAAUAAAUGAAAACCUGUUUACAUCA